UAAUACACGGUUCUUGUGAUACAAAUCAAGGCACACCAUCCACAGGCGAGAUCUCGAGGGAACUUCUGGCCUCUCAAGAGUACGCCCAGAGAAAGAAAGAAAGUGAGAGAAUGCUGCUAAGGAGCUCCUCCACGCCAUUCCUGCACUCCAAAUUCUCCUCCUCCUUCUCCUCGUCCCCUUCCUCUCUCCAGCUCCGGCGAGCUUUCUCCGACGGCCACCUCCCUUCCCUCACUCCCUCCUCCUCCGACAACAACAACAACAACAACAACAACAAUAACCUCCACACGGAGCUCUCCUUCAACAUCUACAACACCUUCAACAGCAUGGCACCAGUAGUACCCAUGCCGCUGGAACCCCACCAAGAGCAAGAGCAAGAUGAGGAGCAGGCGGUGGUGCAGCCGGACCUGCCUGAGCUGCCGCUGUUCCUGGCGAGGGGCAUGGGGAUCGACCGCAUCGCCUCCGGCCUCUUCACCGCCGGAGACAUGGGUUCCGCCGUGGCUAGGAUGAUGAGCGGCGUGGACAUGAAGGCCGUGAUGGCGCUGGACGCGCAGUACAAGGAGAUGGUUGAUGAGCAGCCGGGCAACGCGCUAGUCCUGCGCAACUACGCGCAGUUCCUUCACGAGGUGAAGGGGGACGCCAGAAGAGCCGAGGAGUACUACUCGCGCGCCAUGCUGGCCGAUCCCAGCGACGGCGAGAUCAUUUCGCAGUACGCCAAGCUGGUGUGGGCGGUGCACCGCGACCACGACAGGUCCCUCGUCUAUUUCCAGAAGUCGGUGCAGGCAGCCCCGCGGGACAGCCACGUUCUUGCAGCGUACGCCAGCUUCCUGUGGGAGCAGGACGACGACGACGACUCAGUGGAAGAAGAGCAAGGCAUGGGUGGAGCGCCGGACCGUGCCACCGGCCAACCGAGAGAACUGGCUUCUGCGGCAGUGUAAUCCGGCUGGAUAGGACAGCCGAGCGAGGCGUGAAGACGGCGUAUCGAUCAUCGUUGCGUGGUGUUUGUGUGUAAAAUCUGUUAAGAUGUUUGGACGAGUUGUGUGUGUAUGUCACCGAAUAAAUAAGGUACCGGUUGGAUGGAAAUGGAUGCGGUGAGGGCUGUGAACUUUGGUGAUUUUGUUUGCAAAUUCUAGGAUGUUUCAUGGUUCAGAA